ACGGCCGGUUCCGGCUGAAUGUCAGUGCGGGGCUGUGGGCCGGGGAGGAAGGUGGUUGGCGGUCCCUCUACCACCUCCGCCGCUGCCUCCUCCGCUUGCGCUGCCGCUGCGGGCGCUCGGUCGCUCGGCCGCUCGGGCAUGAGGCCGUGAGGCGCGCAACGGGUCGGGGCCGCCGACAUGUUUGGCCGCUCGCGGAGCUGGGUGGGCGGGGGCCACGGCAAGUGUUCCCGCAACAUCCACUCCUUGGACCACCUCAAGUAUCUGUACCACGUUUUGACCAAAAACACCACAGUCACAGAACAGAACCGGAACCUGCUAGUGGAGACCAUCCGUUCCAUCACCGAGAUCCUAAUUUGGGGAGAUCAAAAUGACAGCUCUGUAUUUGACUUCUUCUUGGAGAAGAACAUGUUUGUUUUCUUCUUGAACAUCCUGCGGCAGAAAUCAGGCCGCUACGUGUGCGUUCAGCUGCUGCAGACCUUGAACAUCCUCUUUGAGAAUAUCAGUCACGAGACCUCACUCUAUUAUUUGCUCUCUAAUAACUAUGUAAAUUCUAUCAUUGUCCAUAAGUUUGACUUUUCCGAUGAGGAGAUUAUGGCAUAUUAUAUAUCGUUCCUGAAAACACUUUCGUUAAAACUCAACAACCACACCGUCCAUUUCUUUUACAACGAGCACACUAACGACUUUGCCCUGUACACAGAAGCCAUCAAGUUUUUCAACCACCCCGAAAGCAUGGUUAGAAUUGCUGUAAGAACCAUAACUUUGAAUGUCUACAAAGUGGAUAACCAGGCCAUGCUGCACUAUAUCCGAGAUAAAACUGCUGUUCCUUACUUCUCCAAUUUGGUCUGGUUCAUCGGGAGCCACGUGAUCGAACUCGAUAACUGUGUGCAGACCGACGAGGAGCACCGGAAUCGGGGGAAACUGAGCGACCUGGUGGCCGAGCACCUGGACCACCUGCACUAUCUCAAUGACAUCCUGAUCAUCAACUGUGAGUUCCUCAAUGACGUGCUCACGGACCACCUGCUGAACAGGCUCUUCGUGCCCCUCUAUGUGUACUCGCUGGAGAACCAGGACAAGGGAGGAGAACGCCCGAAAAUCAGCCUGCCGGUUUCUCUCUAUCUCCUGUCACAGGUCUUCCUAAUUAUACAUCACGCACCCCUGGUGAACUCACUAGCAGAAGUCAUUCUGAACGGUGAUCUGUCUGAGAUGUAUGCUAAGAGCGAACAGGAUGUUCAGCGAAGUUGCGCCAAGCCCAGCAUUCGGUGCUUCAUUAAACCCACCGAGACGCUAGAGCGGUCCCUUGAGAUGAAUAAGCACAAGGGCAAGAGGCGGGUGCAAAAGAGACCCAACUACAAAAACGUUGGGGAGGAAGAAGAUGAGGAGAAGGGGCCUGCCGAGGACGCCCAGGAAGACGCUGAGAAGGCCAAAGGUACUGAGGGUGGUUCAAAAGGCACCAAGACGAGUGGGGACAGUGAAGAGAUAGAGAUGGUGAUCAUGGAGCGCAGCAAGCUCCCGGAGCUGGCGGCCAGCACGUCCGUGCAGGAACAGAACACCACGGACGAGGAGAAGAGCGCCGCCACGGGCUUGGAGAGCGUGCAGUGGAGCAGACCCUUCCUAGAUAUGGUGUACCACGCCCUGGACAGCCCGGACGACGACUACCACGCACUGUUUGUGCUCUGCCUCCUCUAUGCCAUGUCUCAUAACAAAGGCAUGGAUCCUGAAAAACUAGAGCAAAUCCAGCUCCCGGUGCCCAGUGCGGCCGACAAGACCACCUACAACCAUCUCCUGGCCGAAAGACUCAUCAGGAUCAUGAACAACGCUGCCCAGCCAGAUGGGAAGAUCCGGUUGGCGACGCUGGAGCUGAGCUGCCUGCUCCUAAAGCAGCAAGUCGUGGCCAGCGCGGGCUGCAUCAUGAAGGACGUGCACCUGGCCUGCCUGGAGGGUGCCAGAGAAGAAAGCGUUCACUUGGUACGGCAUUUUUAUAAGGGAGAAGAAAUUUUUUUGGACAUGUUUGAAGACGAGUACAGGAGCAUGACAAUGAAGCCCAUGAACGUGGAGUACCUCAUGAUGGACGCCUCUAUCCUGCUGCCCCCGACGGGCACGCCGCUGACCGGCAUCGACUUCGUGAAGCGGCUGCCGUGCGGCGACGUGGAGAAGACGCGGCGGGCCAUCCGGGUGUUCUUCAUGCUCCGUUCCCUGUCACUGCAGCUGCGAGGGGAGCCCGAGACCCAGUUGCCACUGACACGGGAGGAGGACCUGAUCAAAACCGAUGACGUCCUAGAUCUGAACAACAGUGACCUGAUCGCGUGCACCGUGAUCACCAAGGAUGGCGGGAUGGUCCAGCGAUUCCUGGCUGUCGAUAUUUACCAGAUGAGCUUAGUGGAACCCGAUGUGUCCAGGCUUGGCUGGGGAGUGGUCAAGUUUGCAGGCCUGCUGCAGGACAUGCAGGUGACCGGCGUGGAGGACGACAGCCGCGCCCUGAACAUCACCAUCCACAAGCCUGCGUCCAGCCCCCACUCCAAGCCCUUCCCCAUCCUCCAGGCCACCUUCGUCUUCUCGGACCACAUCCGCUGCAUCAUCGCCAAGCAGCGCCUGGCCAAGGGCCGCAUCCAGGCGAGGCGCAUGAAGAUGCAGAGAAUAGCCGCCCUCCUGGACCUCCCGAUCCAGCCGACGACCGACGUCCUGGGGUUUAGACUCGGCUCCUCUUCCUCCCAGCACCUGCCUUUCCGCUUCUACGACCAGUGCCGCCGGGGCAGCAGCGACCCCACCGUGCAGCGCUCCGUGUUCGCGUCCGUGGACAAGGUGCCAGGCUUUGCCGUGGCCCAGUGCAUAAACCAACACAGCUCGCCGUCCCUGUCCUCGCCACCGCCGUCUGCCAGCGGGAGCCCCAGCGGCAGCGGGAGCACCAGCCACUGUGACUCUGGAGGCGCCAGCUUGUCGUCCACCCCUUCCGCCAUCCAGAGCCCGGCAGACGACCCCGUCACUACGGAACAGCCUCAGCCUAAACUUCCCAGCCAGCUGGUGAUCGUCAGUGAAACAGAAGCAGACGCCCGGCCCGGCAAGAGCCUGGCGAGGAGCACAGACAUGGAGACAGCCAACCUGUCCCCCAGCCUCAUCCCCGCCCGGCAGCCCACCAUCUCCCUGCUCUGUGAGGACACUGCCGACACACUGAGCGUGGAGUCGCUGACCCUCGUCCCUCCUGUCGACUCCCACAGCCUCCGCACCCUCCCCGGCAUCCCCCCACCACCUGUGACGCCCGCAGCGGGCACGGCGACGCCGGGCGAGGAGCCAGUGGGCCCCGCUGAGCACUGAGCGGGCGCCGGGUGGCCUCCCCGUGUGUGUGUGUGUGUGUGUGUGUGGCCCCGCCGGUAGGGACCCAGUACUGCUGACCCAGAGACACAUCAGGAGCACCCCAGUCCCCGCGGCCCCGGAACCAUCUCUGCACCCAUUCCUGUGCUCCUUUGCUCCAUUUUGAAUUCCUGUUUCACCUUGCGCCUCUUGGGAGAGCAGGCUGGAUCCGGUGGAGACACCCCAGUGAACCCAGGGGACAGGAGGAGGUUGGCCUCCCGGUCUCUGAGCCCGGUGACCCUGGGGUGGCAGGACCCCCGCACCCUCUCGUCAUCAGCCGGCCGCUCCGGUCUGGAAGCUCCUUGGCCACCAUGCCCGGUGUGCACAGAAGAAGCGGACCAAGUCACUUUGGGUAGGAAUUUGUAGAGAAACAAACUUGGAUAAGCAUCUCCUUUGGAUAUUUAUUUCCGCUUUCGGCAGCAGAUGAAAAGCAUUUAUUUAAAAAGCGUGUAUUUAAAAAAAAAAAAAAAAAAGUCCAAAAAAAAAAAAAAUCCUCAACCCUGAGGUUUGGCGUCAUGUUA